AUGCGCUGGACAUCGCUGGUGCUGAUCCUCCUUGCACUCGUCGAGCGCGCGCUCGGUGGCUGCGCGUACGCAGACUUGAACUUGCCUGCAAAUGCGUCCAUUUUGGUCGCCGAUGCUUCGUGCACUUCUGGGCCCGUCUGCGGCGUUGGACCCGAUUGCAUGGUCUACGACUCCUUCCAGUCCGACUGGAACAGCUACCUGCGGUUCAACGCGAUUGGCGACCUCAGCGGCUACACGCAACCCAACCUCUCGGUCGCCAACGCGUCGUUUCUCACGCUCGCCAAGAUCAAGGCACCACCGACGCUGACGAGCCUGACGCUCACCAACAUAUCGAGAGUCCAUCUCCGCGGCAUCCAGGCAACGCAAUGGAGCCCGCUCACGGAUCUUCUGUUCUACAAUGCCAGCAUCAUGCUCACCAACAACAUUCAAUGGCCACCGUCGCUCCGUCUGGCCAUGUUUCGAGACAUCGAUCUCAACAACAUUCCCCAAGGCUUGCCGUCGACGGUCCAGGAGCUGGCGGUGCAAGGCAACAAGCUCGUGGACCUCACGUACCUUCCGGAGAACCUCACGUUUUUGUACGAGGCGAGCGGCAUCCUAGCGUGA